UCAGACUCAAAGUGCGAGAUUUGGAGCCUGAGGUGCCGUGCUCUCGCGAGAUUAGUGUGUUGACGCUUCAGGUCUCUUUUGAGUUUUCGAUGAGCUAUCAAACGAGUUGACAGGACUCGGCGCAAAUGGCUAAAGUUGAGCUGACGCCGCUCAGAUCGUGGGAUGACUUCUAUCCUGGCCAGGAGAGGUUUGCGAGACCAGACGUGAGAGAUUUGGCGAGAUGGAACAACAGAGUUGUCAGCAAUCUUCUUUAUUACCAGACGAAUUAUCUGGUGUUGGCCAUCGCUAUCUUCCUGGUUGUCGGGUUCCUGAACCCCCUGGGGAUGCUGACCGCCAUGGUCGUGGUGUCGGCUGUCUUCCUGGGCUCGGUGUGGGCCGGGGAGAACCGGAGCGCCGUCAGCGCCUUUAAGAGGCAGAACCCCGCGGCCUUCGUGCUGGCCGUCAUGGUGGUCAGCUACGUGCUGAUCUCACUGAUGGGGAGUGUCAUGGUGUUCAUGUCGGCCAUCACCUUACCACUGGCCAUGAUACUUGCACACGCUUCCUUUCGCCUCCGGAACAUGAAGAACAAACUGGAAAACAAGAUCGAGGGUGCGGGGCUGAAGAGGUCACCGAUGGGCAUUCUGCUGGAGGCUCUGGGUCAGCAGGAGGAGAACCUGCAGAAGAUCCAGAACCUGCUGGAAGCUAAGCUCAAGGACUGACGGGAGUUUUGGAGAGAGAACGCCCGGCUUUGUGGAGGAUCUCGACCAACGAUGGCUUCUUCUACAGCGUCAGGCCUCCAGUGAAAGAUAGUCAACUGAAUGCCUUUAUCUCUGACCUCAAGGUUUCCGGCGUCGCUCCGCACAAAAACCCGUCGGGACAGUUUUCCAGUUUUCCAACAGCUCCUCUUCUUCACAAAAAUCUGCCUUUAAUCAGUGUGAGAAAGCUGUCAGUUUUGAAUCUGAACGAAAACUCUCGACAAAAGCUAAAAAGCGCGUCACUGGAUAGCUUCAGGGCGGCAAGCGGCGUCUUGUACGAGCAUCGUAAAGGUUGUUUUUUUGUUUGUUUUUGUUGUUUUUUUUACAU